AUGCCAAAUCAUCAGUUGUUGAACAAACCUGCACCUGCAGAAAUCACUCUCCAAAAUCAAGAUGGCGUGGAUGUGGAAUUAAGUUCGUUUAUUGGAAAGCAGCCUGCUAUUGUCUUCUUCUACCCGAAAGAUGAAACACUUGGCUGUACUAAGGAGGUCUGCUCAUUUCGUGAUGCCUAUGACGUAUUUCAUGAAGCUGGUGCCACUGUUGUUGGAAUAUCGGCUGAUCCGGUAGACAAACAUAAAAGGUUUUCCCUCUCUAAUCGGUUGAAUUUCCCUCUGCUGUCCGAUGUCAAUGGGAUAGCACGUAAAGCCUUUCAUGUUCAAAAGAAUCUGUUUGGUCUUGUCCCGGGGCGUGUUACGUAUCUCAUAGAUCGAGAGGGAAUUGUCCGGGACGUAUUCAACUCUCAGUUGGAUUUCGAUGGGCAUGUGAAGCGGAGUAUUCAGUUUGUUAAGCAGCAAACAGCAGAAUGA